AUGUCUGCUUCCGUCACUUCUUUUGAGCCAGACUCGUACAAACAGACCAUUAAGUCCCAGCCGGCUAUUAAGCCUGAAAUGGUGCUUAAAAACUUUGCCCGUUCCUACGACACUCCACCAUUCAAUAGCUACCAAAGGUUUAUUUCCUCUAUGGGAACGCUUUUUGGUUCCUGUGGUAUUUUCUGUUUCGUGUGCUCGAACCCAUAUAAGGAAGUCCAGCAGGGUGAGGUCGGUUUGGUUCAGACUUUUGGUGCUUUGUCGAGAACUGUUGAGCCAGGUUUGUCUUAUGUCAAUACUUGGUCCGAGAAGUUAACCAGAGUUUCCAUCAAGAUUAAUAUCCGUGAAAUUCCUGCCCAAAAGUGUUUCACUAGGGACAAUGUCUCGGUAAUUAUUACCUCUGUUGUCUACUACAAUAUUAUUGAUCCACAAAAGGCCAUCUACUCCAUUGCCAAUAUCCACGAUGCUAUUGUUGAAAGAACUCAAACCACACUUAGAGACGUCAUUGGUGGAAGAACUUUGCAGGAAGUUGUUGAAAAGAGAGAGGAAAUCGCCGAGUCUAUCGAGCACGUAAUCGCCAAAACUGCUUUCGACUGGGGUGUGAAUAUUGAAUCGAUCUUGAUCAAGGACUUGACUUUGCCGGACAAGGUCCAGAGCUCGCUUUCUAUGGCCGCAGAAGCUAAGAGAAUCGGUGAAGGUAAGAUUAUCAACGCUAAGGCUGAAGUUGAAAGUGCCAAGUUGAUGAGAAAGGCAGCCGAUAUCUUGGCUUCAAAGCCUGCUAUGCAAAUCAGAUAUUUGGACGCUUUGCAGAACAUGGCCAAAUCACCUGGUACCAGAGUUAUCUUUAUGCCUUCAUCUCAGGAAGUUGAAAGAUUAGCCUCCUCCAACGUCGACUACGCCCCAAGCAAUGGAAAGGAAAAGCACGCUGACUUAGAUGAAGAUAGCGAAUGGGCUGGUAAUGACAACAGCAACAAGCGUAUGAUCGAAACUGUGGCUUUGCAAGAAGCCAUGCACACGGGACACUGA